CGACAGAUAGCAUUCCAUAAACAAACGAUACACACAUUAAACAUUUUUCUGGUCCGCAUCUCUGAAGAAACUUUCAUUAAAACUAGGGUAAUCAUAAAAGAUAACAGACAAUCUUUUAAUCAUUUCUUCAAACAAUGGAUUCUACAAAAGGCAAUACCUUAGAGCCGCCCAGCAAUGAUCCAACGACUUACUGUCGUUUGUGCAUGUCGGUGAAGAACUUGAAAAGAUUGCCUUGCCAUCCGGAACCAUUGGACUUUGUUCAAGUAAUUUGGAAACAGAUUGGAAUUCAACUGACGGAUCCGUAUGAUUUGCCCUGUGCGAUAUGUGCAUUAUGUGUGGAUAAACUGGAAGAGCUUUACGAUUCGAACCGCGACGGCUUAUUAGAUGAAUGGGAAGACCAAGGGUUGCUGGAGUACAAGGAUCUUUGUCGCUCGGUUGACAACGCGAUUAGAAAUAGUCGAUUGGGCGAGGUCGCACCACAGACGGACAGCUCACAAUCGGAUCAAGGGCAAAACGCUAAAACAGUAAUAUUACCGUUUCAGCAAUUAAAUGAUGGACGAUACAGAUGUAAUGAAUGUCAUAAUAUGAUAUUUGAUGCGAUUUCUGCUUGUAUAAGACACUACCAAGAAGAUCACCCAAAUUCGAGUGUAACUGGGUUAGCUACAGAAAGUACCAAUUCGGCUUUCCAAAUCAAUUUCAAUCAAACAUUUGACUGUGUGGAAUGUGGAGCUCAAUUCGGCAAUCUUGACGAUAUGAUUAAUCAUCGAAGGGCACAUUCGGCACAACAACAGCCAAAGCAAAGUACAGGCCUCUCCAAAAAGACUCCGGCUAAUGCAAGCACCAAUGUCCAAGCUAACAAUUCUGCUAUUAAUGGUAAUACUGGGAAAAGACCCUACCUGAAAUGUAUUAAUUGUUAUGAAACAUUUGACGACAUUGAUGAGCUGAUCAAACACCGAACCAAUGUUCACACUCUUUCUGUCCAGCAGAAAAAGAAAAAAUACCCCAGAACACGGUACAUAAUUAACUCUACAAGCACCAUGUGUAAAGUAUGUCACAUUGACUACGGUGAUAGGAAGCCUUUUUAUAAGCAUCUGCUUGCGGUACAUGAUCAGUACCUGUGCUACAUUUGUGAUCGAACUCUUCCAUCGGUAUCCAAGCUAACCAUGCAUAUGUCACAUCAUCGCAAUCUGGGCGAUAUAGCCAACCCUUUCCUACAGGGCAAGAAUUCUUUCCAUUGCAAAGUUUGCUUUGAAAAGUUUCGAACGGAAGGGGAAAUUCGCAUGCACUUCGAGAUGAAUCAUGCUGACCUAGAAGGAAACGCAAACUCGACAGUAACUGCUCCCGCUACUACGACAACAGAAGUCUUGCGUAUUACAUGCACCAAAUGUUUGACAUCAUUCAACAACAAUGAAGAGUUCGAACAACAUCAAUUUGGGUGCAUCGACCCGAAUGCAGGUGUCUCAAUCGUUGCCAAAAACGAUGUAGUUGAAAUCAGCGAUGAGGAAGAACUAAUUUCCGUGUGAGGUAAAACUGAAUAAAACUGCCUUCUAUCGAGAGAAUUUAUUUCAUGCUUUUCAAGAGUAUCAGUUCUUCAUACAUUCGAAAUAAAUGAACUGAAUUAUCAAAUUUA